CAAGAUCUUUACAAUAUAUCACUUUAAAUCAACUCGAUUUACAACCAUCUCGGAUAGAGCCAAAUAUAAAUCGAUUAUACAAACAAUUGGCCAAUUAGAAAGCUAUACUUCUACUUAUGCCUCAACAUCCAAAGAAUUAAACCCUCCAAAACGAUGCGCCCUAUUAUAAGAGAACCCCAGCGCAACACCUAAAACUCCCAAAUAAACCACCACCACCACCACCACACCAUGGCGCCCCCCACGAUCCUCGCCCACAAAUCCUCCUUCCUCACCGCGCAAACCCUCCACCUAUCCCAAUCCCUCACACCAAGCAACACAUGGCGCACAUCCAACCAGCGCAUCCCCGACACCGACGGCAGCCUAAGCGACCGCGUCGUCGACGAGGCGCUAUACCGCGCGAACCAUAUCCUACAACAACACGCGCGCCGCGUGUAUGCGCCCCAGGCUAGUCGGCAUGUCGCGGAGCAGAUCGAGACGCUGUACUUAGAAGCUGCGGAGAGGGCUGUGCGCGGGGAAGGGGGUCGAGGGGAGGAUGAUGAGGACGGGAUAGAUGUAGGGACGGGGUUGGGUGGUAGAGGGCCCAAGUUUUUGAUGGUGGGUGCGGAUUUUGCAUCCGACGAAGUCAUCGCCUCCCUCCCCAACACAUGGGACCAACACUCAACCUCGCAAUCCGAAGCCCACCCCGCCGAAGCCCUACGCUACGCCGACCUCGCAACCUCGCUAUCAAUCCUCUCCUCGCGGCGAAAAGAAACGCGCGCGCGCCUCGAUCGUCUCCGUCGAAUGCGCAACUUACUAGCCCCUUUUUCUUCCACCACCACCACCACCUCCUCCUCCUCCUCCUCCUCUUCCGGCCUAGACUCCUCCAACCCGCAAAGUAGUAGUGGUGCGAACGAAGUCGGUAAUACAAGCGAAUCCGGCGUCGAAAAAGUCCAACCGAACCUCGUCACGCGCGACGGCGAAAUGGAAAAGGAGCUCGAGCGCAUGCGCGUGCUACUGGUGCGCGUCGCCGCCCGCGUCGCCCAGUUACCGGACCCGGAGCCCGGCGAGGACGUCGCGAUGGAGGAUCUGGAGGCCGUGGAGCGGGGCAAGGUUGAGAGGUUGCUUGAUGGGUUUUGAUAUGCCAUGACAAUACAUGCUAGCGCUUACCAUACUAGUACAAUUCUAGUUCUUUGUUAUUCUGUAUGGACUUGAAGAGGAAGAAAGAAAGUGGCGUCUCGAGUUUCGGAGAGGCUAGUUGGCCUGGCUUGGCGGUCGACUCGCCAUGUCGUUACGCAAGAAUGAUGAUACUCCUAUAGUACAUAUCUACAUACCUCAUACCUGGCUGAGAUAAGGUCAAUUAAGCAAGUUAAAUUGCCAUCAUACGAAAACAAGCUCGACG